AUGGCCAUGGACGAUGCGGCGGGAUGUUGCGACUUGCCCACGGACGUCCUGGUGGAGAUCCUGCUACGGCUGCCGCCGAGCUCCCGGCGCCGGGCCCGCCUCGUGUGCCGGCACUGGCACGACGUCGUCAGCGAGCACACCACGGAGAUGCGGAGCCGCGCCAAGGCCCUCCUCUGGUGGAACGCCGUCGCCUACGUCGUCGACGACCUGUCCUCGUCGUCCACGGGGAGCUGCAGAGAGCUGUGGAGAAGCGACGGCCGCUCUAAGCUAGUCGGCACGUGCAACGGGAUCCUCUGCCUUUGUAACAACGAGGAGAUGACAGGUGGCGCCAUCACCCUGGUCAACCCGGCCACCAAGAAGACGUUGCCCCUCCCGCUGCUGCCUUGCGCCGACAAGUUCAUCGGGCACAGCCGCUCGAGAAACUGGGACGAGGCAUACAGCUUCGCGUACCACCCGACGACGGGGCGGCACAAGGUGGUGCACGUUCCAUGCAGCUUCGGACACGUGUGCGAGUUCAACGGUGUGCAUGUGCUCACGUUGGGGGAUACGUUAUGGCGGGAGGUGCCGACCAGCCUUGAGGGUAGGGCAAGGUGCAACCUCGGCUCUGGCAUCGUUAGCAUCGACGGCAUAACACACUGGGUUACGAAGGGUGCGGCCACGAGGGUCGUGUCGUUUGACCUCGAGGACGAGCUCAUCACUUCCCUCACAGAGCUCCCUGCACAGCCAGCCGGGCCUGAUCAUGCCCGCCUAACGGAGGUACAUGGAAGGCUGGGCAUUGUCACCCAUGACCGCUCUGUAACUACCGAGGUGUGGAUUAUGGAGAAGGGCCGCCGGUGGAGCCGCCGGUAUAGCCUCCGGAGGCAAUACCUUCCGUGGCCUCAUUUCGUGUAUGGUGAGUACAUCCUGACACGAGAGGAGUCAUCGUUGCAUGUACACCAUAGAAGGAGAGGCCCGUCAUUGUCCGGUGAGGUGGUGCAGGUUGGCCAGCGGGAUCAUGGGACGUUAGUUGCAAAUAUGAAGGGUGCUAAUUUGUACAGUCAGUGCCGGACAUUCGCCUACGUCGAAACAACAGAGCCACUAAGUGCUUAUGAGGCCAAUAAAUAUUAA